AUGAAAAAAGUCUUUUCCAAAUCAAGCCAAUUGAUCAAGCAACAAGCUUGUGCAAGCAGAUCAUUCUCUACUCUUGCAUCCACUCAAUCAGCUCCUAAUCUCCCAUCUUUUGAUUACAAGCCUCAACCCUACACUGGUCCAUCCUUUGAAGAAGUUGAGAGAUUGAGAAAGACCUACCUUUCUCCUGGACUUUUGACUUAUUAUCAAAAGCCUGUAAUGAUCGUGGAGGGUAAGAAGCAAUACGUGUUUGAUGAGAAGGGAAAGAGAUACUUGGAUUUCUUUGGUGGUAUUGUGACCAUCUCUGUUGGACAUUGCCAUGAGGAGAUUGUCAAGGCUGGCAGCGAGCAAAUGAAAAAGCUCAUGCACACCACCAACAUUUACUACAAUCCAGAAAUUGCUCAAUUCGGUAAGGAAUUGGCAGACAAAAUGCCAGGAAAUCUCAAAGUUACCUACUUUGUGAAUUCUGGAAGUGAGGCAAACGAUUUGGCAUUGUUAAUGGCUCGUCUCUAUACCAAGAAUCAUGAUAUUUUGGCUUUGAGAAAUUGCUAUCACGGUAUGAGUUAUGGUACCAUGGGUGUUACCUCAUUGUCCACUUGGAAAUUCCCUGUUCCUCAAGGAGAAGGAAUCAAGCAUGUCUUGACACCUAACCUCUAUCGUGGACCAUACAAGCGUGAUGAUCCUAAGGCUGCUGAAAAGUAUCACUGGGAUGUUAAGAAUGUUAUUGAACAAUGCACACCAGGUGUUAUUGCUGGUUGGAUCAGUGAACCUAUUCAAGGUGUUGGUGGUACUGUCGACAUGCCAGAAGGUUAUUUGAAGCUUGUUUAUGAGUCUGUCAGAAAGCAUGGAGGUGUUUGUAUUGCUGAUGAAGUUCAAACUGGUUUCGGAAGAACUGGUACUCACUAUUGGGGAUUCCAAAGUGAAGGUGUCAUGCCUGAUAUUGUCACCAUGGCUAAGGGUAUUGGUAACGGUACUCCAUUGGCUGCUGUCGUUACUACCCCAGAAAUUGCCAAGACAGUUGCUCAAAAGAUUCACUUCAAUACAUAUGGUGGUAACCCAGUCUCGAGUGCUAUUGGACGUGCUGUCCUCCGUGUGAUUGACAAGGAGAAUCUUCAAAAGAAUUCAUUGGAGAUGGGUAACCUCUUGUUGGAUGGCUUCAGAAAGCUUCAACAAAAGUAUCCAAUCAUUGGUGACGUGAGAGGAAAGGGUUUGAUGUUGGGUAUGGAACUUGUCAAGGAUAAAACUACUCUUGAGCCAGCUAAGGAAGAAACUGCCAAGGUCUUUGAAAGAUGUAAGGAUUUGGGAUUGUUGCUUGGUAAGGGAGGAUUGUACGGCAACGUUUUCAGAAUUAAGCCACCAAUGAACAUUACUAAGGCUGAUGUUGAAUUUGCCCUUCAAGUGAUGGAUCAAGCAUUCUCUGAGUUGUAA